UCUUCCCGCCCUGGCAUGACCCCGAGGCCCUGGCGGGAGGCCGCCACCCUGCUCCUGGUGGCGGGCGGCGGGCGGCCUCCGCGCUCCGCCGCCUUCGACUACCAGGUGCUGCUGCUGCGGCGCAGCGCCGAGAGCGCCUUCCUGCCCGGCGUUCACGUCUUCCCGGGCGGCGUGGCCGACGCCGCCGACUUCUCGCCCGCCUGGCGGGAGCUGCUGCCGGACGCGCCGCGCUGCGGCCUGGGCGCGGAGCCUCCUGCGCGGGCUCCCCUCUUCGCCGCCCGGCGCCCCGAGCUGGGAGCUGCGGCGCUGCCGGGGGACGUCGCCUUCCGCAUCUGCGCCAUCCGGGAGACCUUCGAGGAGAGCGGGCUGCUCCUGCUGGUGCCCGCCGACGAGGCCGCUGCCCGCGCGGACGGCCCGGCCCGCCUGCUGCCGGCCGAGCGCCUGCCCCCGGCCGCCCAGCUGGCGGAGUGGCGGCGGCGGGUGCAGCGGCAGCCGGGCAGCUUCCUGCAGCUCUGCCGCAGCCUGGGCUGCGUGCCCCACCUGCGGGCGCUGCACGAGUGGGGCAACUGGCUGACGCCGGUGGGCCGGGCCGGGCCGGGCGGGCGCCGGUACGACACCGCCUUCUACCUGUGCUGCUGCCUCGGGCAGGGGCCGUCCGCCGCCUCGCACGACCGGCGGGAGGUGGCAGCUUGUCGGUGGUCAACCCCUUCAGAAGCUGUUGAACUGUUUAACUCUCAAGAGAUCUGGAUAGCAGCACCUCAGUUUUACGAGUUAUGUAGGCUCUGCCAUUUUUCAUCACUUCAUGAUCUGGAGAGGUUUGCCUCAGAACGAGCUUUAGAAGGAUGUGAACGUUGGAUGUCUGUUGUGUUGAUGGCUUCAGAUGGCCACAUGCACUUGUUGCCAGGUGACGAUUUGUAUCCAAAAGAUCCUGAUUUUACUGGAGAAAGAAAACCGGUGUUGACAACAAAUAAAAAGAUUGAAGAGCUAAUGAAAGAGGCCAAAAGUCUUCAUCGGAUAGUGACACAAAGCCUUAAUAAUGUAACUAUCCACAUGAAUAUCGAAUCCAAAUAUAAACAUAUAAAUCCAGUUAGGGUGGACUCUAAAAUGGGAAAUAAUGUGGACCACAACAGCAAAUUGUAGUAUUUCUUAUACUGGAAUUACUAAAUUUUGAGAGAUGUUGGACUCCUGAGAUUUCAGGAAUAACAAGGAUUAAUAGUAUUGUGUUAUUUUGUGGAUAUACCCCAAGAUUUAUGUAAAUUAUUUACAUUUCAAUCUGCAUUGCUCAGUACAGUUAUUCUUGUCUAAGAUGUCAUGCAAAUGUACCAGUUCUGGAAUAGAGAUCUACCUACUAAGAACCCAAGUUUAAGAUACUUUUUUAUUUAUUUUAUAUCUAUACUAUCAUACCCUUAAAGGAUUCGAGGUUGUGUGCAACUUAAAACAACGAUAAUCAUUCAGAAAACAAAAAUUUAUCAAAUUAUAUUUUAACACAUAUGAAUUAUUAUUAAAAUUAUCGUAAUGAUUAGUAGGCAUCCAGAGUACAUGGAUUUGGGUCACUAAGGAAGCCAGUGUAGUGAUAGCUUGCCUUUGGUUUUAAAGGGAGCAUCAUUGCUGCAGAUGCCCCUGAUGACCAAGAGAUGAACCGAAAUUCAAUAGAUGAACUAAAAUUCAAAUUCAGAUGAACUGAACACUUUGAACGUAUCGUAAUAAUAUUGUUCUCUCUACCUAGAAAUCAUUUUCAAAGUAAGCAAAUUGCAGAUUGUAUAAUUAUUACAUGCAUAUAUUCAGAACUACUUUUGGGAAGCACUUUUCUAGACUAACUUGUUUAUGCUGACUAUCCAGGGAAUGAAUUCCAUUGAAGGCCUGGACUUCUGCUCUUAUUUUUUGAAAUGUCAGCUGUUGUGUCUUUAUGUUAGCUGUGUUGGACAACUCUGAGUUUCUGUUAAAAAUAAAUAGUUUUAGCAGUA